AUGCCGCGUCUAUCUGCGUUUGCCACCUCAUGCCAGUUUGUUAGGUGCAUCAUCAGCGGGGAAGGCGCCUUCCCCAUAUUCACCUCCCCCUCGUCCAACCCCCCUGGGGGGUUGUUGACUCUGUUCAACCUUAAAUUCCAGCGGGCGGGAGGAGGCGUCUUUUUCAACGUGCAGACAGCGAUCAACGCGAGCAAAUGCGGAUUCGUCAUGAACAUGGCUCCUAGCGGAGGGGUGCUCAGAGACUCCUUCCCUGCAACAGCCACCCCUCCCAACCGCCUCUUCUCAGGCUGCACCUUCCGCAACAACACGGCGUCAACCGGAAGGGAUGGCGCAAUCAGCAUCAACGCAGAGAACCCCAAGGGAAGCGUGCCUGCUCUGUUGAUUGAGGGCUGCACCUUCCAGGGAAACAGAGCACUCAACGGCCGCGGAGGAGCGAUUUCAGUGUCGGGGACUGGCAGCAUUCGUAUCAAGGGGUGUUGGUUUGAAAAUAACAACGCUGGUGGAUGUGUGACCGUUUGUGAGGAUGUGUGCCCGUUUGUGAGGAGGUCUGCCCGUCUGUGUGGAGGUGUGCCCGUCUGUGUGGAGGUGUGCCCGUCUGUGAGGAGGUGUGCUCGUCUGUGUGGAGGUGUGCCUGUCUGUGUGGAGGUGUGCCCGUCUGUGUGGAGGUGUGCCCGUCUGUGUGGAGGUGUGCCCGUCUGUGUGGAGGUGUGCCCGUCUUUGUGGAGGUGUGCCUAUCUGUGUGGAGGUGUGCCCGUCUGUGUGGAGGUGUGCCCGUCUGUGUGGAGGUGUGCCCGUUUGUGA